UCUUGCUAGGAAGUCCGGGCGGCUGGGAGAGGGGCGAGGUCGAGUGUGGAGGCUCCGCCCCUUCUCCUGAUUUGAGAUUGGGGUGAGUGUGAAGCGGAGCAGGAUCGAGAUGCGAUGAAUUCCUAUAGUUCUCGCCAGCGCAGCAAGGACGUGCUGGAUGCGAUGCUGGCAGCUGUAAUUCAGUGCAUCUGGACGGCGUCAGUAUGCAGGUAUCAGAACGUGAUGGUGGAGUGUCCACAGGGAAUGGAUUAGACAGUGCCACAGCAUCUGAUGCCCAACAAGUUUCGCCCUCUCACUUUAAGCCUCCUUCCUUGGACCUCUUUAAUCUGGUAGUAUCUUAUAAGCAACUAGAGCUGUACCUGGAACCACUGCAGGAUGUUGCUGAAGGAGUGUGGUUCCUCCUCAGCUGGCAGAUGCCCUUCUGCUCUCUCCUUACUUGUUUGGGAGUCAACUUUCUGCUGCUUACUCUGAGUGAAGCUGCUUGGUAUGGGCUGUGUGCCCUGCUAAUCUCAGUGCCUGCCAUGCUCGGCUAUCUACAGGAAACAUGCCGUAUCCGUCUUACUGAAGAGCAGCUGGCACGCCGUAGAUAUCACAGUGUGCGGCGAGAAGAUGUGAGAAAAGUUCAGCUUUCUCGAAAUGAGGCUGUGGCUGAAGUUAAAGGAUUCUUGAUCCGAUUAGAAGCCCUCCUGAACAGGCUCUGUGGUGGCUGUGAAGCAGCUUACCGCGUCUUCUUCUGGGAGAACCGUACUGUCUCUUCCCAGUUUUAUGGGAUGCUGAUGGGCUCAGUUUGUGCCCUUUACCUGCUGCCCCUCUGCUGGAUCUUUGUUCUUCUUAAUAGUGCCCUUUUCUUUCGAAAUGUGGCAUUUUAUCAAGUAAUGCUGGACAUAAAGUCAGCUGCAGAGCAGCGCUUGGGCUUCAAAUCCAUCCCUGUGGCUCCAGAGCCUGAAGAGCUGGAUCUUGGAGAAGUGGAAGCUACUGUCUUGCCAGACUGGACACCUACCCUGACUGGGACUGAGGACCUAACUCCUGGUAGUGUGGAGGAAGCAGAGGAAGCAGAACCUGAUGAUGAAUUCAAGGAUGCAAUUGAGGAGACUCAGCUGCUUGUAAUGGAGGAAGAUGACAUCUCUCAGGGCUCAGGAGAGUUUGAGCUUGGCCUUCCUGACAACUCCUUUAUGAGCAAGAAUGAAGUGAUCCGUAGCAAGGUGUCACGGUUGACAGAACGACUGCGCAAACGCUACCCGACCAACAACCUUGGAAACUGUGCAAGUUGUUCUGCCACUUUCUCUGUCUUGAAGAAGAGGCGAAGCUGCAGUAACUGUGGGAACAGUUUUUGCUCCAGGUGCUGUUCUUUCAAAAUUCCCAAGAGCUACAUGGGGGCUACAGCCCCAGAUGCCCAGCGGGAGACUGUCUUCGUAUGUGGGCAGUGUAACCAAGCACUCACCAAGUGAGGAGCCCUUAUGGAAUCCAGUCUUUGGAUGAAUCUGCUGUGGAUCUUACACUACACUAGUUGCUACUUGAAGGGAGACAAGCAACAGCACUGCUUCUUUUCUUCCUCCCUAUACUUGUAAAAAAAAGGGAGGGCCAGCACAUGUAACCUGCUGACUGCUCUGUCUGCUCCUGCUCUCUUUCUUGAAAGCAACAGAGGAGGUUAUUGCAAUCCCGGUUGUGUGGAGGAUUCUUCAUGCACUAAACUACUGUAGGCUUCCUUCCCUUCUCCCAAUUCCAAGAGCAAACAUUAUUUCAUUUCUAGUCUGUGGCCCCAAUUUUUUUCUGGAGCUUGGCUGACAGGAGGGUUGGCUGUCCUCAUUUUUGAAAGCUCACUCUUGGCACUUGAAUUCCUCAAACCUCUCAAAGGGUUUACUAUUGCUGAGGUGCCAUCCCUUUCUUUCUGUGUGUUUGUGUGUUCUGAACUGAAGGCUGGGUCUUGUGUUCAGAUGAUGGUUAUAGUUGGCUCUGAGAGCAGGCUUUGUAGGGCCAAGAAGACCAAUUGUGGUUGUCCAAUGGUGAGGUGGCUGGAUCUACUUUUUCUGCCUGUCUCAGGUGGGGAUAGUGUUUCUCUUUUUCCACUUCCAUGCCACUGACUUUGUGUUGCUAGUUUUUAUCUAAAUCUCCCUAUCAUGGUCAGACUAGGGCAGGGGUAGGCAACCUUGGCUCUUUUAUGACUCGUGGACUUCAACUCCUAAAAUUCCUGAGCCAGCGAAGAAGGCCAGGGAUGUAGAUGACUUGACCGCUCAAGCCGAAGCAGGAUGAAAUCUGCGAAUUUUCAAAUUUCUUGCACUCUGCUUUGAGCGCUUCUGCCAUGUCCCCUGGAAUAGUGGAAUUAGAAAAUAGAGAGUUUAAUGAUUCGUCUAUCAGGGGAACGUCCAACAAGGAUGCGAAGGAGGGAGCCACACUGAAUAAGAGUUCUCUCUGAGACCCCCGGAGUGAAGAGAGAUCCCAGCUUCGCCCACUGCUUCUGCACCGUAUUGUGGAAGAAGGGGGGACAGGGAAUAUGCUUCUGCAUUACCGCCGGCUCAGGAAUUCUGGGAAUUGAAGUCCACGAGUCAUAAAAGAGCCAAGGUUGCCUACCCCUGGACUAGGGUCUGGAAAAUGUGUGCUUUUCAUCCCUGCAUUGUUAAAAGGCAGAAGCUGCUGUGGUUAACUGGGGGUUUUGCUAAUAGCAAAGCCUAGCUGAAAGUCAGGGAGUUUUCUCAGGAGGUAGAUCACUUCUACAGAAGUGGAACAUUAUUGGAUUAUUGCAGAGUAAUAUAUAUCCUACCAAUAAACAGUAUCCUUGGGUAUGAAGGCAACAUUUUCAGAGUCUGAAGUAAUUUUUAUUGCUAUGAGGACUAGAGGGUCUCUGCUAUGGAUAAAUAUUUCUGGAAGAAGAGCAUCAUUAGGCAGAUAGAACAAUGGAACAUAGGAUGCAUGGUACGGAAUAAGAAAAUGGGAGUGGUUCUUUGGGACAAUACAGGAUAUGGUGGUUUCUGCAAAACAGAUAUAUUGUGUCUAUAAUGUGCUGAGACAUGUGGGAUAAGAAAUGGAGCUUAAUAUAUGUAAUCCUAAAUGCCAAAAGGAAAUGGUUUCUGUGGAGCUGAGAGUAUCUUGGACAAUACCUUUGAGACUCAACCAUGGUGAAAUAUUGGGUAUGCCUGAUGGGAAUGUAACUGAGAAUGUCUUUUGCUUUGGGGACAUUAGGAACCUAAAUACAAAGCUUGGCUGGAAACAGAUUUAGAACACUAUGCUUUUGACUUAAUAGAUAAACUAAAUCUCCCAUUUCAGAUUGUAGACAGUUGUAUAUAUCAUCAAAGGCAUUUGGUUUUCCAGGGCUAAAAAUAUUUUCCAGGACUAGAUAGAUUCUUGCUUUAAGAUGUGAAGUGAUAGUUUAUAAAUCUUCAGGCACCCCCAACAUUUUUGAGUUGCUUGUUUCAUUUGAGGAAAGUGUUGUGGAUGCUCACAAAAUGAUUGUUGGGGUGGAGAAAGGAUUUUCCACUGACAGAAUGGCUGCUAUUCUUUGCUCCAGUCUAUUAGAAUACUAACCCCCCCCCAUUUUUCCAAGCACCCAUGAAGUACAGCAAUGUUUCCCAAACUUGACAAUUUUAAGACAUGUGGACUUCAACUCCCAGAAUUCCACAGCCAGCAAUGCUGGCUGUGGAAUUCUGGGAGUUGAAGUCCACAUGCCUUAAAAUUGUCAAGUUUGGGAAACACUGAAGUACAGUAUCAAAGAUGAUGCUGAAAGUUGGCAAUUUUCUUUAUAAUGCCAGCUUUCCAACUGUUGUAAUGCAUUAUUUUUUAGUAUGUAAUGUGUGGUGAAAGCAGGAGCCUAGUAGCUUCUUUGAGAGGAGUCUCUGUGCAGAGAUGGGAGGUCCCAUGAGAAACACGGCUUAUAAAUUAGAUAAAAGAUAAAACUUCUUGUUUACUUCCUGCUGUUUUUUAAAAUAACAAAAACAGUAGCGACUUUGGUGUCUGUAAAACAUCAGUCAUGUCUGAUUCACGGCCACUCUAUGUAAAACACAUUUUUGUGUAAUAUUCUCACCAAUAACACUUUCAAUUAGGCUUCAAAGUUGUUAAUUCAUAGAAGCGGUAAAUAGAUCUGUUCAUCCCAUCUGCCUAUAAGCAUUUAAAAACUAGUCAGCUGCUGGGGAAAGUUCUAUGCAAGUAACAAUACAGCAGUAACAAUAUAUUACUUCAGAUUUUGUACACCACUCAUGCAGUGUUUCUAAUAAUUUCCUGUAUGACUGGGGGAGUAUGAUUUUGUUAAAACUUGACCAAAUGAGGAAUUCCUGUCCCCCUCUCCAAACUGCACAUACACAAUUGCAUGGGAUAGAUCAAUUUACUCUAUCCUGAUAGUUGUUGCCAAAUCCUCUUGCUAAGAUAAUGUAAAGCUUUUAUCACUGUAUUUAUUAGCCUAACCCAUUUUAUUGGAAAUACAAGGAAACAGUGCUGCUAGUGCUGCUGCUGCUGCUGUCGGCCACCCCGCAGAGUCAGAGGACUUGCAGAGAAACUAAUAAUGCUGGGUGCUGAACGGGUCAGGGGUUGGGUCAGGACUGUUAUAAAGUGAGACCCUGAGGUCUUAGCCAGCCCUAGGGCAUUUUAUGUGUGGCUUAAUAACUUUUCUACAUUAAAAUUUGUAUCAUUUUGUUUUAUGACUUUCAAGUUAAAAACUUAAAGGAUCAUUUGGAAAGUAAAUUAGUUUGAUGAAGCCUGUAGUUCUCCCUUGAAUUCAAAAAUAUUCAUUCUUGGUAGAGUUGCAAAAAAAAAUAAGAGUAACUGCAAAUGAUUUUUUCCUAGGAAGUAUUUAAGCAAAGAUGGGUCUCACAUUGGCAGAUCUAUAGAUGUAAGCCCUAAAAUGAUAUAGAGGAACUAUAAAUCAAAAGAUACAAUUCAUGGGAAUGCUCAGAUUUCACUGACUGAAAAUUCUGUUUCCUGAUGGCCAGUUUUACACUUAUUCUUCAGGAUAAUGUUGGUGGAGUUUGUGAGAAAAACAUGUAGAAUGUUUUUUCUACAACUGUUCUUUGGAGAGGGUGAACUCUAACCUUUUAAAUGUGUUUGGAUUGCAUUAAGUUUGAGAGCAGAAGAAGAGGUUUUGUUGAUAAGAAUAGAUUAAGGUUCUAUCAUGAAAGUAAUUUAGGAGGCUGUUUUGAAGAAGGAUGAGACAAAAGUAGCAAUUGAUAUGGAAAGUUGAACAAAUGGAAUCCAAGAGCUGGUCAAUUCCCUUGUGUCAGCAAAACAUUUAUGCUUCCAACUUUCAAAACUGCAUUUGUGUAUGUGUUUGAGAUGAUUUUAUGAGGAAAAGACUUGAUCUAUGUCUGUAGUUGUGAAGCUUAAUUGGAGACAUUUCUUUUGUCAGUUUUUAACAAUAUUUUCAUUUUAUUUAAUUAGCAAAUAGAUACCUUCUUGCAAGGAAAAAUACAGAUUACAUUAGAAGUAAUUAAACUUGGAGAUUUAGGAACGAAAAGUUCUCAUUACUGCAAAAUAUUGUAUCUUUAGUGGCAGUCCCACAGAUUUUGGCACAACAUAAGGUCUGGGAUAAAUGGAGGAUGGGGAAUUGAAACUAAGCCACCAAUACUGUUGAUUCUGUUCCUUGUAAGGCCAUCAUAUAACCCCAAAGAAAAAUAUUUUUUAGGGGGGAAAAAAGUAAAAGAGACAUAGAUGGAUAGCAAAUUACAAUUCAGACUCAUGGAGAGUGUAUGAGAAAAUAUUCAGGGCCUGUGUGACAUAGUGCUCUUUUCCUACACAACUGAUUCUUAAGAGACAAUUUUCAAAGUAUUACUUUUUUCAAAUUCUAUCUUGUGCAAAUCACCUACCUUUCAGCUUUUUUCCUUCCCUCUCCUCCCCACCCGCCACCGUUUUUUGUUCUAAAACUUCAGAAGUGUCCAUAUUUUUACCUAUGUAAAUUCACCUGUUAUAAAUAUUUAAAAGAGUUGUGGCAACAAUGAUGGCAGAAGCAAUCUUGAUAUCCACAGUGUGGGUGUCAUGUAAGACAGCUUGCUGUAGUGGUUAAGGCACCAUGCUAGAAACCAGGAGAUUAUGAGUUCUAAUCCCACUUUAGGCAUGUGGCUUUGGACCAAGUCACUCUGGCCCAACCUGCCUUAUAGAACUGUUAUGGGAAAAUAGAAGAAACGAAUAUUAUAUAUAUUUGCCACCCUGAAAAUAAUAAAGGUGGGAUAAAAA